CACUCUUCAUCUCUCCGCUUUAGAAAUGCAGAGGCAAUCACUCGGAUCGCCGAGCUCCAAACUCGAAAUCCAUGGCGGUAGCAGAGUCGUCAAUAAAGAAGAGAAGCGGAAGAGCGGAUUCUCGCCUGCGGCAGAUUCGACGGCAUCUACUUCCGCGGAAGAUAUCAAGACGGAGAAGCCGAUCCGUCCGAACAUGAAAUCCGAGAGAUCCAUCCACCUCGUCCCCAUCCUCAUCCUCCUCUGCUUUACGAUCCUCUAUCUAUUUUCCCACGAACCCUCCACCGAAGAUUCGAACGCAGGCGUGUGGAGUCAUCGCGCGCUGAAGGAAGACGGAAGAACUCGCCAUCGUAGAAUGGGACCUCCAUAGGAUAACUAUAAUCACCGACGGCGGUGGACAACGGAACAUCAACCGAGCACGCCGGCGAAGUU